AUGUCACCGCCAUAUUCGACUCGUAAUGUGGAAUUCUGCCGCAGCCCCAAUGCUGAUGAAGUUAUUGAUUAUACUACUAUUGAUGAUAUGUCUUCUGCUCUCCGCAAUAAAGGAGUUCGGCUCGACCGUAUCGUCAUGCCUAUCGGGAUUUCCGCUUUAAUGCAUCCCAGUCGUAUUAUUAUUAAAGCCAGACGGUGUGUAUUUGCAAAACAGCUUACCACAGCUGGAGAAUGGAUUAAUCAAGGGGAAAUGAACGGUUAUAUCGAUCAAGUGCUCGGGUUUGGUGAGGUUAUGGAAGCGUUUGGGAUGAUGCAAUGUGAUAAAGGAACUAGUUAA